AUGUGGCCGGGACUGCAUGUUCCGCGGCUGGCGGAGCUGAAAGGCCAAGGCGCCGGAGCAACCGAGUCACCCGCGGCGAAUGGAGCGGUGCAUACCAAGGUUCUGAAAGAGGUGUGCGGUGCAGAUGAUGUGCUGCUGCGCAUCUCCACUGGUGGACUGCGCGACUUCCUGCUGCCAGCGGGCUCCCUCGAGGAGUUAACCAACUUGGGCCAGCUCGAUGGAUGCGCCCUCAGAGAAAAGUUGAGAGAAGGAGCAGUCGCGGAGCUGCCAGGCUCCGGCCUGAACUCCAUCGAAAAGUUCGGCGGUUCCGGCAAGCUUCCCGUGUGCCUUGCGGGAAACGACGUCGAGUCGGCUGCCAGGCAGUGCGAAGACCUGGGGCUGCAGCCGGCGCUUAAGCAGAGCGACGCUGGCACGAAGCUGUUUGAUCCAUGCUCGGAUGAUGGCAAAGAUGGCUACAUCUUGCCGCAGAUGAUGACGGUGAUAGACCACGGGAAGAAGGUGCCCUACCUGAGGCCAAGGACGCGGCUCAGCGAAAAGGACUAUGCCAAGCUGAGCUUGCCAGGUCCGACCAGGCGCAGUGCAGUGGCUGCAGCGAUGGGCCUGACCGAGGAGGAGCCUAGGAAAGCUGCGCCGGCCCUCGUGGACGACGAAGCUGCGCUCCAGUCCAAGACGGACAAGGCAAAAGAUGAACUUCUGCGGCAGAUCGACUUCAUCGUUGCGGAGUCGGCCCUGGGUCUGGUGGAUGACCUGCACUUCCUCGGCAGCGACUGGGGGCGUGCUCCGUUCCGAUCGUCGCUGCAGGAGAUUGCCCAGCUGGGUGCAGAGUUUGAGCACGUCCUGAACCAGGAGCAGGCCCCCGAGCUGUCCCUGGUGCAUGAGGAGCUGGUGGCCAGCUGCGCCUCAGUGAUCCAGGAGUUCCCAAGCGGAAGCAUCCCGGCAGACCGUGUGGCGGAGGCCGGCAAAGAGCAGCCCGGUACGGUGCGGGCGAAAGCGGUUCGCAUCCGUGGGAGCGCUGAGUCUGCAUAUCCCUUCGUCAAGGGAGCAAGCCAGGCCGGCUCCCUGGGGCAAGUUCCGCAGGCCGCGCUGCAAAAUGAGCGGAUGCAGGUCAUGGAUCCUGAUGGAAUCCAAGAGUGA